AUGGAUCUCCUGAAAGGAUAUGUGCAAAGUGACGAGGAAAUGUCGGAUGAUGAUUCAGCGCAUCAAAUAUCGUUACAGAAUUGCAAAUCUCUGGCUAUUCCAACUGACUUGGCCGUCGCCCCUGAAGUCGCAACUAAGAGCAUCUUGAAGCAAAUUGCAAUAGUGGAUCCGAGAACAAAAGAACUGAAAACAAAUCCGACUUAUGAACAGUUGUUUCAACCGGAGGCCGGUCCAAGUAAUCCAUUCAAGAGUGAAAAUCAAAAAGCUCAGAAGAACGUUCUUACAGGCUUCGUAGAGCCAGCUCACUUCAACGACUUUCAUUUCACUCGUGAACUGCGAAGUUUUGACACUCUGGGAUAUGCCCGGAAUCCUACUGCUGAUAAAAGUAACGAAUACAUUGGGAAUAAGGAAGCUGCUAUUGAAAAUCAAGGCGAAUCAUUGUUUGAUUCGAAGAAAACUGGUGGGGAAAAGCGAAAGAGACAAGCCAAUUUCGAUCCCUCGGACGUUGAAGGAUAUACAGGUCCUUGGGCUAAAUAUUGUGAUGAGAAAACGAUAGCCAAACCAGACCCUGAACUACAAAAAGAAAUGGACGAAAUCGUAAGAAAGCGACAAGCCAACAGCCGUCGGUUUAAACGAAAGCAACAACAACAACAGGGUGAUAACGCUGAGGAGUCCUCUGUAUUGCAUUGUACGUUGCUAUGUUGUUGUAUAUCAUCAGCAAUAAUUAAGGCGUGA